UCUCUCUCUCUCUCUCUCUCUUUCUCCUUAAUCAUCUUAUGACUUCUCAGUAGCAGAGUUCACUGUGGCAUUUUGUCGAACAGGUGGAGGGCAAGACCUCUGGUUGCACAGGAAACAGGUAGGUUGCUGUAGUAGUACCAGAGAUGUCCAACACUCUUUUAUGAAGAAUCAGAUCAGAGAGAGAGAGAGAGAUGAGUGUGUUCGUUUUUAGAGUUGGGGUUGUUAAAACCUAGUUUCCAAGGUAAGAAGACCUGUGUGUUAAUGGCGGUCUCAAAGGAAGAAUCUUCGUCUGCCAAGUCUCGAUCGGCCUCAAAUGGCGUCCACUAUCUCGCCAAAUGCGUCCUCAGAGGGAGCGUUGUUCUUCAGGUUCUCCAAAUCCACGUUCGCUCUCCUUCCUCCAACGAUGUUAAGGGCAGUCUCAGAGGCAGUUUUCAGGUCUCAUCUUCCAUUCUCAUAUGGAAUCAAACGGCUGUAAAGGGAGAAGAUUAUAAGUGGAAUGAUAUUAGCCAGUCUGACAUAAUAAGUGCAAUGAGGGAGGUAUUGAACCAUGUGCCUUUGAAGGAAGACUGUAAAAUGCAGCUUACCUUGGAGUUGUCUCGUCUGAAAUGUUAUCAUAUUCUUGAUAGUUUGACUUUAGAGGCUGUGAAGGACGUCAAGAUUCAAGAGUUACAUAGAUUUGUUGAUGACGUAUCAUCUGAUGAGUCAAAAGCUGAGGAUGCAACAGCCAUGCUCUAUGAUUUUUCUAAUGGCAUAGUCGACGGGCUCCAUGUCUUGUCUGGAUUGAAAGGAGACGAGUUGAUCUAUUUUCAGGAAGCUAUCAUAUUUCCUAUAUCACGUGGUAGCUUCGGACCUUGUACAGACGAGCUUCGUGGAGUGAUUAACAUUGCUGAAAAUGAGAGAAGAAUGCAAUGUCAAUGUUUCAUCAGCAUACAACACAUUUUGUUUGGCCUCUCUUUUUCAAGAGUUGGUGACAAUGUGAGGAUGCUCAACGACAGGUCAAGAUGUUCAGGUGGAUUACAUUCAAAACUGUCUAUGUUUAGCAUUUACAAGUUAUCACGCACAGCAGCCGACAGAGUAGGUGAUAAGGAGGUUGGACUUGAGCACUUGGUUCUGGCAAUUUUCUUUAGAAAGCAGAAGGACGAUCCUAUUAAGAGGGUGGAACUGGAGUACGGCAGUUCUCUGUUCUUUGACGAUAAUGCAUUUGAUCCUGAGCUUGUGGACUGUGAGAAGCAACGCCUUCAUUUGUUCUUUGGUGAAAGUAUCUUACAUAAUGGGUACAUCACAAUAGUGUAUACCUCUCCCGCACAAACAUAUGAAGAUGGGUUUCACACGCUUGUGAGAUAGAAGAAUACACCACAGUGCUCCAUUGAGUGGUCAACCAAUGAUCAGUGAAAGCCUAGGCAAACGCAAGGCCUUUGAAGAUAGGGUAAAAGUCAAGGACCAACAAAAGAGAAAAAAAUCUCUUUCCAGACUGAGCAAUGAUCAGAAAACUUCAAAAGUGCCAAAAUUUGGCAAGGCCGGUAUUUGUAUCCAGAAAAUAGAG